AUGGGGGGCAAAUCAGGCACAAAAGCAGUCUACUUCGACAAGCUCAAGGCCUUGCUCGACGAGUACAAGUCGAUCUUCAUCGCAAGUUCCCUUCCGAACCGAACCCUUUUUGUCGAUAAUGUCUCCUCCCAGCAGAUGCACGAAAUUCGGUCCUCGCUACGAGGUGAAGCUGUUGUUCUGAUGGGCAAGAACACCAUGGUGCGCCGUGCUCUCAAGGGAUUCAUCACCGAUAACCCAGAGUACGAACGCCUUCUUCCGCAUGUGAAAGGAAAUGUUGGUUUCAUCUUCACCAACAGUGACCUCAAGACCAUCCGUGACAAGAUUCUUGACAACAAAGUCGCGGCCCCUGCGCGUGCUGGAGCUGUCGCACCUCUCGAUGUCUAUGUCCCUGCCGGAAACACUGGUAUGGAACCUGGAAAGACCUCUUUCUUCCAGGCUCUCGGUGUCCCCACCAAGAUUGCUCGUGGUACCAUUGAAAUCACAACUGAUCUCAAAUUGGUCGAGGCUGGCGCAAAGGUCGGUGCCUCCGAGGCUACUCUUCUCAACAUGUUGAACAUCUCUCCCUUCACAUACGGCAUGAAGGUUCAACAAGUCUAUGAGGAGGGCAAUACGUUCCACCCAAGUGUUUUGGACAUUGAGGAGAGCCAAUUGCUCAAGACAUUGUCUUCUGCCAUUACCACCAUCACAACCAUCUCCCUUGCCGCCAACUACCCAACUCUUCCUUCGGUCAUUCACAGCUUGCUCAACGGCUACAAGAACGUCAUUUCGGUUGCAAUUGAGACAGACUACAGCUGGGACUCCAUUGAUGAGCUCAAGGACCGCAUCGCCAACCCUGAGGCUUAUGCUGCUGCGGCCCCCGCUGCGGCUGCCACUACCUCUGAGGCUGCCCCUGCAGCUGCCAAGGAAGAAGAAAAGGAAGAGGAGAAGGAAGAGAGUGAUGAUGAAGGAUUCGGUGGCCUCUUUGACUAG